CUGGUACACCCUCUACUGGUGAUAUUAACCCAUUACAAACCUUUAGCUUUGCAGGUUACAAAACACUGAAACAUGGCUUGUGUAACUCAAAAUUAGCUGUUGUUUGGUAACCAGCACUGAGGGUAGGAUCCGGACGUGGAGGGCAUUAUGUUUUAAUGCCUGAGUUUAAACUAUUUAUUAGACGUAUCAGAAGUUCACAGAAGUUUUACAGCAUUUUUUUUUAGCGAUUAUUUAGCGUCACCUUUCACUUGAAGAUGCGUCCUUCAGCAGCGUCUGGUGCCGAACACAGUAAAGCCUUGUUGAGAAAGAUGUUAAGGGACGUGCUGGUGGGUCGAGAGGAUCCUGAAGGGUUUUUUGCGACGUGUGUGUCGGCCCUGGGGCACCAGGAGACCCGCUCACAGUUCCUGUCCCUCAUCCAGCCCCUAUUCACGGCCAACAGCUCCCUGCACUCCAUCCUCAUCUCCAUCUACAAGGAAUAUUUCUCUGAGACUGAAGAUGAUGAACUGAAACUUGCAUUGGCUCUCUCUCUACUGGAAAUGAAAGAUCACCAGCUGUCAACUCCCAGCCAAGAGUCCCGACUUCAGCAACCUGGAGACAGACCGAAUCAGAGAAGCUCUGUUCAACUGCCCGCGAUAUCUCAGCCUCAGGGAAGCAGCCACACCCAGCUAGCAGUAGGUGGCAGGAAAGAAAACACCAACUCACCACAAACUGAACCUUGGGUCAACCACAACCCGCAACAUACAACCCGAGAGACUGAGCAUCAGAAAAGCACACAUGUUGAUAAAUAUAAUAAGGAGACACCAGGGACAAGUCAGAUUGUGUGUGUCUCCAGACUGUCUGGCUUAUUUUCCAAGCAAGACACGGUUGAAGAAGGUGACCAAAUGAUGGAUGAGGGAGAUUUGAAUCAAUCAGAGAAACCAAAACGCUCUAAGAACAGGCGACAGCGGCGUAAAGGCGUUGGCCGCCAGGUUGUAGGUUUGCCCUGUUCUCCAUCAGCCCCCCCACCGGUACUGCUGUGGUUCAGGAGGGACUUGCGACUUUGUGACAACCCUGCUCUCAUUGGCUCAUUGGAGGUUGGUGCACCUGUCAUCCCUGUCUUCAUCUGGAGCCCUGAAGAGGAGGAGGGAACUGGGACUACAGUGGCUAUGGGGGGAGCUUGUAAAUACUGGCUUCAUCAAGCUUUGUCUUGUUUCUGUUCAUCUCUGGAGCGCAUUGGCAGCCGUCUUGUCUUCCUCAAGGCAAAUGGAGAGGGGAAUGAGGUUGGCUCUUCCCUGCGUACCCUGAAAGAGCUAGUAAAGGAGACAGGGGCCAGAACAGUCUUGGCUAAUGCCGUCUAUGAGCCCUGGCUGAAGGAGAGGGAUGAUGUCGUGGGGUCAGCCCUUCAGAAAGAUGGUGUUGAAUGCAAAAUGUUCCACUCGUACUGUCUCAGAGACCCUUACUCUGUCAGCACGGAGGGUGUGGGACUCAGAGGAAUAGGUUCAGUGUCUCACUUCAUGAGCUGCUGUAGACAGAACCCAGGGUAUGCAUUAGGAGUUCCCUUGGACCCACCUGUAUCUCUCCCCACACCUGCCCACUGGCCUCAGGGUGUCUCUUUGGACACACUAGGCCUGGCACGCAUGCCCCGCAGAAAGGAUGGCACAACGAUCGACUGGGCAGCUAACAUACGUAAGUCCUGGGAUUUCAGUGAAGAAGGAGCACAUGCCCGGCUAGAGGCUUUUCUUCAUGAUGGUGUGUAUAGAUAUAAAAAAGAGUCAGGCAGGGCGGAUGCCCCAAAUACCAGCUGUCUGUCUCCCUACCUUCACUUUGGUCAGCUCAGCCCACGCUGGCUAUUGUGGGAUGCCAAAGGGGUACGCUGUCGACCCCCAAAGUUCCAACGCAAACUGGCGUGGAGAGAUUUGGCUUACUGGCAGCUAACAUUGUUCCCUGACCUCCCUUGGGAAUCCCUUAGACCUCCAUACAAGGCUUUGUGGUGGAGCAGUGAUCGUGGCCACCUGAAGGCCUGGCAGCGAGGUCGUACAGGCUACCCUCUGGUGGAUGCAGCCAUGAGGCAGCUGUGGCUGACAGGCUGGAUGAACAACUAUAUGAGACAUGUGGUGGCAUCUUUUCUCAUAGCAUAUCUUCACCUGCCCUGGCAAGAAGGCUAUUGCUGGUUCCAGAACACCCUAGUGGAUGCAGAUGUUGCCAUAGAUGCUAUGAUGUGGCAGAAUGGGGGCAUGUGUGGUCUGGAUCACUGGAACUUUGUCAUGCACCCCGUCGAUGCGUCAAUGACCUGCGACCCCUACGGCAGCUAUGUUAGGAAGUGGUGUCCUGAACUUGCAGAUCUGCCUGACGAGCUAAUUCACAAACCCUGGAAAUGUCCCGCGUCUAUGCUUCGACGAGCUGGUGUGGUGUUUGGCCAGACGUAUCCUGAGCGAAUAGUUACAGACCUGGAGGAGCGGAGGGGUCAGUCUCUGCAAGAUGUAGCUCUGGUGCGGAAAGAGUUCGGACAGUAUGUGGACAAACGCUCAGGCUGCGACUUGGUGCCUCUGCCCCCACGCCUGGUCUCUGAGGCUCUGGGCUUAUCACACAGGGAUGGGGGUGCAGUGACAAAAGGGAAGCAGUUCUUGUUGCCUGUUAUCACCCGCAUGGAAUUCAAACACCAGCUAGAAGAUCCAGAUGCAGAUGCCUUCUCAAAUCCUUACAAUGCUGUUCUAAAAGGAUACGUGAGCCGCAGGAGGGAUGAGACCAUUGCCUUCCUUAAUGAGAGAGACUUUACUGCCAGCGUGAUAUAUGAGGGAACGCAGAGCAAGGAGAGGCUGGAGAGUGUUUAUCGUAGAAUGGAGGGACUCCCUCGGCCUCCUGCACCUCGGGGCAGGGCCAGACGAACUCCAUCAGCCAAGGACAGGUUUUCUAUAGUACCUGGUGGGGCAGUCACCUCUCUCAUGUGACCCAGAGAUCAAGACUGAAAGUUUACAGGUUCUAAGUGACCAGACAGUUACUAGUAAAAUGCACAUGGACAAAAUGUCACAAACAACAGCCUUUAAGAUGCCAAACAGCCCAAAAAGUCUCCUCUUUAAAUCUACACUGGCCCCAAAGAUGUGGACAGAGUGAGGAAAAUUUAUGUUGAAGUUUGCAAGAGGGCUGAAAAAUGCUUGUAACAUUUUGGACAUCAAGUAUUCAGUAUAAUCUCAGGUAUUGAGCAAUAGUAUCAUACCAGCCAAGGUGACAAACAUUGGUUCAGGUUAGCCAAUAUACUUGAUUUCAGUGCAGCUUCCUUUCUUAAAGGCCCAGUCUGUAUUUCUGAACAUACAAAUGUAUGGUAGGUAUGUUUCACAUAAAUAUACACAUACAUUGUAGUGUCUGAGUUGAAGUGGGGAAAAAAAUAGCAUUCGGUGUUUCUCAUUUUUAAAAUAGAGGCCCAUUUUACAGUGUUUACAAACUGAUGUAAACAGCAUCAGAAAAACUGAGAUUUCGUUGUCAGUGUGUGUAUCAAAAUACUUCAAAUUAAAGGUGGUAUCAGGUUCC